CUCUAAUUCAGCCCUACCCUUCGCAGCCGCCAUGCAAGCCUCUAAAUGGGCGCCGCGCGGGCCGUCGCCUUUGCCCGCGAGGCCCACGCCCUCACCAAAAUCCGCAACCCAGGCUCCUCCUCCCGCCCCAGAACCAGAAACUACGACCACAGCGCCGUCUGAAGGGAAGCAAGAUGCGCAACAUCCACCCGCACCUGUGCUGCCAGAACUACAACCUGUCGAGGCGUCUACCCCUACCACGGAUUCUUUCGAAACCAUGGCCCCCUACGACUUCGACGCCAUCGACCCGUUCGCACAAACCGCAAGCACAGACGACCUUUUCUUCGACGACGACUUCACGCCUAUAGCCGAACCCAUCGUCGAGCAAACGCCUAUCGACACACGAGCGCCCGAACCCGAAGCCCAGGUACCACAUUCGCAUUCGCAAACCCAGCAUAUCCCGCGCGGGCCCUCAAACGGCCGAGGUGUGGGUCGCGGGCGAGGGGCUCGUGGACGAAGAGCUCGUGGUGGGCUUAUGAAUAGCAUACACACCGACGCUCGGAACCUCGAUAGUCAGAAGGAGAAGGAGAAGGAGAAGGAGAGAGACAAGGACAAGGACAAGGACGACAGCACAAACGAUGUCCCGACUCCCCCUCCGAACGCCGAAGCACCCGCUACCACAACCACAACUCCAGCUACAGCCACAGCCCCGACACCUACAGACCCCACAGACCCUCCUCCCUCUACUCAAGAUCCCAAGCCACAAUCCGUUCGAGGAGACCGCUCCGCUACCGGUGGUCCCAAGCGGUCCCGUCUCACAGAGGCCGAACUCGCCGCCAAAAUGGCUGCCAUGAAGUCUAAAAACUCCCUCCUAGCAACCGCACACGCACGCGCAGAAGCCGAUCUCGCGAAUUUCGAAGCGAGGGAGGCGGCGGCCGCGCAGCACAAUGCGGAGCGAAGGAAACAGGUUGCUGAGAGGCAGAAAGUGGAAAGGAAAGAUAGGCAACAGAUGAUGGGUGAGAGGGAGCGGAAUCGACAGAGGAAGAUGGAUGCGGUGAAGGGGCGGGAGUGGGAUGUGGAGAAGGAGGAGGGGUUUGUGGGGACGGGGGAGGAGAGGAGGAGGGGGGCGGCGAGGGGGGCGUUUGGGGGUGUGGUGCCGAGUACAGGUGUACGGCAUGUGGGUGCCGGUGCCGGUGCUGGUGCUGGUGCUGGCGCUGGCGCGGAAGGGGUUGGGGAGGGAGAGGAUAUACCAAUUCCAUUAAAUUUUCGAGGUCGGGGCCGCGGACGCGGAAGAGGCGCACGAGGCGGACGAGGAGAUCACCCAUCCACCCAUUCUACCCACCAACCCACACCAAACAAGAAACCCCAAGAACAACAACCCCCACCCCCACCAUCAUCAUCCGACUUCCCCGAGCUUCCCCAUGCCACCGCCUCUCCCCCAACCCAGGAAGCGCCCAAAAAACUCGACUUCCCCAUCACAAUCAAGGGGAAAGCCACUGAGAUCAAAACGGCGGAGCCCGAUCGGCCCAGCGUGAAAAAGCAGGAUUCAUUCGGUUUGCCGUCGCCGGCGGGUGCGGGGAAAAGUUGGGCAGAUCAGGUGGAAGGGUCAUGAGUGUCUUUGGGUAUGUGAUGCCGUUUCUGGAGCGUAGAGCUUGGAGCUUAGACAUGAAAGAGGUGGCGGGAUGUUGUUGGAGAGUCGGAGUGUCUAUGAUAGCUUUUGCAUACCCCAUUCUUGUUUUUUUGUGUGAUUGGUCGUUAACAAGGGACUACGGUAUUUCAGUUCCUUUGGAAUGCGCCAUGCAUGAGUUGCACUUCGGACUGGCUAUUAAACGAAAAUUGCAUAUUCGAAGAACGGAGCCAUUGAGAUGCCCUAGCACCUUAGGGGCAUGCAUGAUAGCAGAAGCCAAACCAUAGCCGAUGC